GAAGGGGUUGUGUGAAAGAAGUGGGACAGUGAAGCAGACAAAAGAAGCUGCGGCUGCGUGAAUGUCGCACUAUUGCUGGACAUCCACUUCGUUUCUUUAUUAUUUUCAUCAGCAAAACACAUCCAGAGUGGCUGAAGGCCGAACGCCUGCAUUCUGAUAUUUCGCGGUGCGUCUUACCGAAGGACUCGAUACAACACCGGACUCGGCGCAUCGUAAUAUUGCGCGAUAAAGCAGAACAAAGGGAGUUUCGAGCGAGGAAUGAGCGAGCCGAGUCUGGCGCCACUGAAGCAGGACCAAAUGUUCUUGUGAGAGCCGUAAAAAGCACAAAAACUCCUUUGAAACAACAUUUAACAACACUGGAAGACCCUCGAACCGCUGCAAACUCGCUAUUCACAAUGUUUCCGAAUCGACCUCCAGCGCCUCUGCAGCCACCACCCGGGGCCUCGGCUUCAGCUGCAGCAGCUGCCGCGGCCGCAGCAUCAGGGUCGUCCCAAUCUCUAAAACUCACCUACCCUGAGACCCUGGACCGCAUAAAGGAGGAGUUCCAGUUCUUACAGACCCAGUAUCACAGUCUGAAGUUGGAGUGUGAAAAACUGGCCACAGAGAAGACAGAAAUACAGAGACAUUAUGUCAUGUACUAUGAAAUGUCCUACGGCCUAAACAUAGAGAUGCACAAACAGACUGAGAUUGCCAAACGGCUAAAUGUGAUCUGUGCCCAGCUCAUUCCAUUCCUGUCACAGGAGCACCAGCAGCAGGUGGUCCAGGCCAUGGAACGUGCCAAACAGGUGACUAUGGGGGAGUUGAAUGCUUCGAUAGGGCAACAGCUGCAGGCUCAGCAUCUUUCCCAGCAUGUCGCCCAGGGGCUGCCCAUGGCCCCUCACCCCUCCGGACUGCCUCACCCGGGCCUGGCUCUGGGGGCCGGCUCUGGGCUGCUGGCCCUUUCCGGGGCCCUUGGGGCCCAGCUGGCCUCUAAAGACGAGAGAGCACAUUUGGAGGCCGUGGCAGCGGCGGCCGCUGCAACUGAGCACCACAGAGACCGUGAACCUGGACCAAGUUCCCUCUCAAAUGGAGACAAAGGCAGGCCUUCAGACUACCUCAGCAAUGGCAAAAAGAGAAAAGUAGAUGAGAAGGAGUUUAUGACAGACUACGGCAGUGACGUGGAGAAGAGCGAUGAUAAUUUGGUUGUUGAUGAGGACCCUUCUUCUCCACGGAGCGUACAGUCGUACUCCUCCAGAGAGAAUGGAUUGGAUAAACUCCCAGCUUCCCGUAAGGAGCCCCUGCCCCAGGUCAGUCCGACCUCACUGGCUUCCUCCAGCAGCGCUGCUUCCCCCUCACGCAGCAAGGAGCAUCCACCGAGAGAGAAGUCCAGCACUCCAGGCAUGAAGCCCGGCACGCCCAUGUCCCAGGAGUCAUCCACACCGGGCCCCAGCGUCCCUCCACAGUUUCGCCCUGUCCCUGGUAAACCCGGGGUUGACCCUCUUGCAUUAGGUCUGAGGAAUCCAUUGGCGGUGCAGGGCGCGUAUCCCCCAGGUGCAUUCGGUCUGCCUCCCGCCGGAGUUAAUGGGGAGUUGGCUGGAGCCACGGGAUAUGGUGCUGGUUUCCAUAUUGUCUCUCCUCAAAUGAACGGCUCGGUCGCUGCUGCUGCCGCCGCUGCAGCUGGAUACGGACGCUCACCUGUGGUGGGCUACGAGUCUCCGCAUCCCCAUAUGAGAGUCCCAGGGUUACCUGCGAGUCUGCAGUCAGCUGCUUCUGGAAAACCUGCAUACUCAUUCCAUGUGAGUGCAGAUGGUCAAAUGCAGCCGGUGCCCUUCCCUCCUGAUGCCCUCCUAGGCCCAGGCAUCCCGCGGCACGCCCGUCAGAUCCACACCCUCAGUCAUGGAGAGGUGGUGUGUGCGGUCACAAUCAGCACCUCCACACGUCAUGUCUACACCGGUGGGAAAGGCUGCGUCAAAGUUUGGGACAUCAGCCAACCGGUCAGCAAGAGCCCCAUGGCCCAACUCGACUGUUUGAAUAGAGACAACUACAUCCGUUCAUGCAAGCUCCUCCCAGAUGGGAGGACCUUGAUAGUUGGAGGUGAAGCCAGCACGCUAUCAAUCUGGGAUUUGGCCACGCCCACCCCUCGCAUUAAGGCCGAAUUAACGUCAUCGGCUCCGGCCUGCUACGCUCUGGCCAUCAGUCCAGACAACAAGGUCUGUUUCUCCUGCUGUAGUGACGGAAACAUCGUGGUCUGGGAUCUGCACAACCAAACGCUUGUCAGGCAGUUCCAGGGCCAUACAGAUGGAGCCAGUUGUAUCGACAUCUCUAACGAUGGGACCAAACUGUGGACGGGGGGUCUGGACAACACUGUGCGCUGCUGGGACCUGAGAGAGGGCCGACAGCUCCAGCAGCACGAUUUCACCUCACAGAUCUUUUCUCUGGGUUACUGUCCUACGGGAGAGUGGCUUGCAGUGGGAAUGGAGAGCAGCAAUGUGGAAGUGCUGCACGUCUCUAAACCAGACAAAUACCAGCUGCACCUUCACGAGAGCUGCGUUCUUUCGCUCAAGUUCGCCUAUUGCGGUAAAUGGUUUGUGAGCACAGGCAAAGAUAAUCUACUGAAUGCAUGGCGAACUCCUUAUGGAUCAAGCAUAUUCCAGUCCAAGGAAUCGUCCUCCGUUCUCAGCUGUGACAUCUCCCCUGAUGACCAGUUUAUUGUCACUGGCUCAGGAGACAAGAAAGCUACUGUGUAUGAAGUCAUUUACUAAACUGAAUGUGUUUGGAUUGCUGUUCAUUAAAAGAAAAACUGAUUGAUGGAGGAGAGAAGAUUCAUCAUUAUUUUGCCUCUGAAUUGGGAGACAGAAGUUGAGACAUGGACUUGAAAGACAGCUAAACUUUUAGUUUUAUUCCACUUGGAACGACGGACUCCAGGAUCAGGCGGUUGAUCUCCAGAUCUGACCUUGUUUUUUUUUUAAUGCUGUGAGAAAGCUGGUAGUCUAGCUUCAAAAACAUGGGAUUUCUCCAAAGACCUCAUCUUUAUCUUCUUUUUCUUUUCUUUUUUUAAACAAAAUGAAACGUAGUGAAUAUAAUAGUAAAAGAAAUCUUAUUUUUAUAGCCUUCGGAAUUUUCAUGGAAAUGGACCGUUAUGGAGCCGCAUUGUAUGAAUGCAUUAUGAUGAGACUUAAAGGACUGGCCUAAGACUUCUUUAUUGAUAAAGCCUGUACUGAUUUUCUAAAAUCAGAUCUUUUUGUUAUGACUGUAUGGAUGGUGUUUAAGAUGAUGGGAUCUUGGACCACAAGGUUCUGGAUUUUAGCGUUUCAGUGACAUCAGGGAAAUGGCUGUAAAGAUACUCAGUUAAGGUCCUGUCACGUGAAUACUGUAUGUUGGAGCAUGUUGAAUUAUUUUGACUGUUUGAUCACAAACUUGGUAUGUAUGAAUUGUAAAUAAAGCUCUUUA